AUGUCGUCGUCGCCGGCCGAGCAGCUGCGGGAACUGCGCGACAAGAACGCGAGGGAGCUAGAGGACCUCGAGGCGAAGAUUGCCGAAGCAGAGUUAGCAUACCUGACAUGUGAAUCCAGCCAGCUGGGGAAUGUGCUCAAGGGGUUUGAAGGCUACUUGGCUUCCAAGGACAGUGUUCGCAGAAAGGCUCGUGCUCCAAAGCUUGAAGAGAGGGUGUUCAGCUUGAGUUCCAAGAAGUCAGCGGUGAGCAAGGAGUACGAACAGCAGCUCCUGCAGGAUCAGACAGAGCAGAUCAAUGCGCAUGGGGGGGUGCCAAAAAAGGUUCUCGCACAGAGCAAGUUCGCCCAGAAGCGCCAUGCACAGAAGCUCAUGAUGGAUAGCCAGUAUGCCAAGAAGGCAAGGAAGACGAUGACGCCUGUUUGA